AGGAAAAACGUCACAACGUAUUUGACGCUAGAGCCUUCAGCUGGUGAGACUUCUUUCCUAAAAAGUGCAACGUUAGGUAUGUUACCCAGUUAUAUUCGCCGGCAUUGAUCACUGUGCAUUCGGUUUUAAACUUUUUAAACAAAUAGCCUUUCAACACGGAUACAAAACCACGCCAAGUGCAUGAAGAUUGAAACAGUCUUACAUCGUAGUAGUUGCAACACAAGCCAUCGCAGCUUCAGAGCGGGGUAGAUGCAGGGAGGGAGGGAGUAAAAGAGGCAAAAGUCUUUGUGCUUCCCCUCCCCCUCAUCAAAGCAAAGGGGGAAAUGUCUCUUUCUAAAGCAGUGAAGAAGAAGAACCCAGGCCUCAAGCUCUCCAAAGAGGUCUUUGAACAGCCCCCACCUGCAGCCGCAGCACCCCCUCGAGACCUGGACUCGAAGGCCUGUGUUACCAUUGGCGAGAAGAACUUUGUUGUGAAGGCAGAUGACUUGGAACAGAUUGGAGAGCUGGGUAGAGGAGCGUAUGGCGUGGUGGACAAGAUGAGACAUGUGCCCAGUGGCGUUAUCAUGGCUGUCAAGAGAAUCCGGGCCACUGUGAACACCCAGGAGCAGAAGAGACUGCUGAUGGACCUGGACAUCUCCAUGAGAACUGUGGACUGUUUCUUCACUGUCACCUUCUAUGGCGCUCUGUUCAGAGAGGGUGAUGUAUGGAUCUGUAUGGAGCUGAUGGACACGUCUCUGGAUAAGUUCUACAAGCAGGUCAUAGAGAAAGGCAUGACCAUACCUGAGGAUAUUCUGGGGAAGAUCACUGUAGCGAUCGUCAAGGCAUUGGAGCAUCUGCAUAACAAGCUUUCAGUGAUACACAGAGAUGUGAAACCGUCCAACGUGCUUAUUAACACACAGGGCCAGGUGAAGAUGUGUGACUUUGGCAUCAGCGGCCAGUUGGUGGACUCCGUGGCCAAAACCUUGGAUGCUGGCUGCAAGCCCUACAUGGCGCCAGAACGGAUAAACCCUGACCUCAAUCAAAAAGGCUACAGUGUGAAGUCAGACAUCUGGAGUCUAGGAAUCACAAUGAUCGAGCUGGCCAUCCUGAAGUUCCCGUACGAGUCGUGGGGCACGCCCUUCCAGCAGCUUAAGCAGGUAGUGGACGAGCCCUCCCCACAGCUUCCCUCGGACCGCUUCUCCCCAGAGUUUGUGGACUUCAGUUCCCAAUGCUUAAGAAAGAAGCCCAAUGAGAGACCCGCCUACACAGAAUUAAUGCAACACCCUUUUUUCACCAUACAUGACUCCAAAGACACAGACGUAGCCAGCUUUGUCAAGGACAUCCUUGCAGACUGACACGCUCCUCCUCCCCUGGGGUAGGGGGUAGGCGGGACUUCUCCAUCCAUCCACCCAUCCCAGGGCUUUCAGAAAGCUCACUGGAAAACGAUCCGCCACACAGCACCAACUCCCUGUCCACCUACCUACCACGCAACAGAGCGGGGGACCCCCAAGAAAACCGAAGCCACGCAAGAAUUCUUGGAAUACAUGCUCCAGAUAUCGAUUGUUGUCCAGCCCAACUGGAUAGCGGGGUCACCUCGCCCAAGGGUCAGACAAACUAUCUUUCCUAGGUCCCUGUAAUACCUGUUCCUCUGAAUAUCUCUAACUCCUACAAACUGAAAUGAAUCAAACUCCCGGCUGUACCAGUUUUCUGAACGGACCGUAUCUGUCAGAAGCAAGUAAAUCUCUUGUCAUCAUACCUACUGUGUUCCUUACUCAGCAUUACUUACACAAAGUGAAAAAAAAUCAGUCUAACGUGCCUGUAUAUUGAAUUGAAAAUAUAUAUUUGCAUUUGUGUUUCUCAUACAGUGUUUGAUACUAUAUAUUUGCAGCAAGUUUGAAUUGGCAAAGGAGUGGCUUUACUUUUUUUUUAUCGUAUUAUGAGGUGAGUUUCCUGUCUCGCCCUCUGGCGAUUGGUCAGUGACGCCUACCUGCACCCUCUUGUCAAGCCCCUCCCCCUUCACUUCAGAACCACCAGCUCUGUCCCUUUUGAAGAGUGCAUUGUUAUAUAGAGUGAAUUUUGGGAAAUAAUUACCCACUAGCCACUCUAUAUAACAUCUAUUUUCCAGACCCCCUCUGAGCCAUUUAAGAUGUCUACUUUAUGAAUUAUUACUAUUUUUUUUUUCUGGAUGUGGUUUGGGGCUACUGUUUGACCCGUUUUACUAUAUUUUUUGUUGCUUUACUUUUCCCAAGUGUGGGGCAGAACAGCAGUAUAUCAGUAUCGUGUUUUGUCUGAAGCACUUACGUCAAAAGCAAGGUCUGCUACAACACCUCAUUGCCUUACAUGUUAGGGAAAUAAUUUAUGUGUUGAAGAUGUAAAUACUGUUUUGGACACUUUUUUUGGGUUGGGGGGGGCAACGUCAAGUGAUGUGGCGGCAGACUCCUCCCCCCACCCCCCCACCCCCAGUGUGUCCUGCAUUAUACGACGGAUGGAUGUGUCCUCGUACGUUAGUUUUAACGCGGUGCGUGUGUGAGGGACACCCACGGCCUGCUGACUUCUGUGCACUCCUCCUCUCCGUCUGGAGGGGCGAGGUUUCGGUGUUCUGCUGUGAGCCAGCAGGGUGUGUUCCCCCACAACGUAGCCUCCCCAUGGGCCGGGGGGAGGUCUCCGCUCUGCACAGAAAGGAAACGACGCGGAACUACCUGGACGUGUUUCCCAUGAAUGCUCGUGUUUGCUGAACGCUUCUGUUUGCUCCAACGCUUUUCUGUUGCAUGCCGCCCCCACGAAACGCGACCCUUUACGGUGGAAGACGACGCCUGCGUGAGACAUGCCGGGUUGUGAAUUGUUAGCUGCCGUCAAGUCUCAGGUCAGAGUUCUGAGGCUCUCCGGGGUCCCGAUUUUGGAUUGGUGUGAGCGAUAUGGCCAGGUGAAUCCAUACGCGUGUUGUUUCAACAUAUCCCGCCCUACUUUCCCCGGAGUGCCCUCAGUAAAUAGGACGGGUCGCUGUUGAUUUGGAACUAGGACCUUGGGUCUGUGAGGAAUGCGAGAGCCCCGCCAUGUGGUGUUGGCACUUGCCCUUAGUGUUUUUAGGGACUUUCUGAAGUGGUGCCCCUUUCACCAUCCCUUGUAUUCGGGCCACAGGGGCCUGUUUUAAAAUGCAGCCUUGAACUGUGAUCCCGUCACCGCCGUCUGCCUCCCUGGCGCUCACUGUAGUGGGCCUCCCUGGCGCUCACUGUAGUGGGCCUCCCUGGCGCUCACUGUAGUGGGCCUCCCUGGCGCUCACUGUAGUGGGCCUCCCUGGCGCUCACUGUAGUGGGCCUCCCUGGCGCUCACUGUAGUGGGCCUCCCUGGCGCUCACUGUAGUGGGCCUCCCUGGCGCUCACUGUAGUGGGCCUCCCUGGCGCUCACUGUAGUGGGCCUCCCUGGCGCUCACUGUAGUGGGCCUCCCUGGCGCUCACUGUAGUGGGCCUCCCUGGCGCUCACUGUAGUGGGCCUCCCUGGCGCUCACUGUAGUGGGCCUCCCUGGCGCUCACUGUAGUGGGCCUCUUAAGUCAGCGAUUGGUGAUUGAUCAGUAUUUAUGACGUGCAAGAUUUGUACUUUUUUAAUUUUCUUUCUUGUCUGCCGUCAUAGAAGCGGGCCACUGUAAUCCUCGGAAUAGUUCCGUUCCACUUUUUGUUUCUUUGUUCUAAAAGCGAAGUAGAACAGCGAGCGAUGCACUUAAGGAAUGUAGGUGCUGGGUUUGACGGAUCCGCAGUAUAUCGGUGAAGGUUCCGUGUGGGUCAUUUAUGCAGUUUGAUUGGUGUACGGAGCAGGAAGUGGAACGGGACUAUUCCCGAUAGGCCAAAGAGGCCCCUUUCUAGAAGCCACUGAUUCCAUAUCUGUUAAGAGUGCGGCUUAAACUGACGCUCUACCUCUCACUCAUUCACUCUACUAGCCACCAGGUCAAUUGGGUGGUGUUGACAAACUUGAACUGUGGGAUGACAUAAUAAAGGCUUUAUUCUUAAAUAAAACGGUUUCUCCUUGUGAA